UGUGGUGACGCCGGCGAAGAGUAUGUGUGCGGACAAUUUCUUCAGAGGGUACCUAAAUUUCCCGAACUACAUGGCGAAUACGCAGUCGUUUAAGGCGAAAUUGAGGUCCCACAGCGCUCCGAAACAGAGGCCGGAGCCGGGAACGAAGAAGAGGCUUUCGCUGAACGAAUUGAUGGAAUCUCGGAGCAGCCUCAGCGGCGUUCGGAUGCAGAGGUCGUGUUCUCAAGUUCAAGAAGCCAUUAAUUUCAAGAACGCAGUGAUGAGCAAACUGGACAGGCCCUCAGAAUGCCAAUUGCAGAGAAGAUUAUGAAAUUCCAAAUUCCAAAUUCCUCUCAUUCCCAGUGUUUUCUUUUUCUCCUUUCUUUAAUCGGAACUGUAAUUUACAUCAUUGAAUCAAGUGGAAUGCAACUGAUUAGAUUAGAUUAGAUUAGAUUCAAUGGGCAAGCUUGUGUCUUUAUCUUUCCCCUUUUCAA